CAUUCCCUCUUUCCUAUCUCAUACCUCACCGUAUGUUCAGGCUCCAAGUACUGCGUCGGAUUAUACUUACUAAAUCAUUUAUCUGAAAAAGCAUGUCUCUGCUCGUUGAAGCCGCAGGAAAUGCAGACACAAACUUUAGCCAUAUACCCAUUAUAGACUUGUCAGAUAUCUCAUCAUCCGAUGCUUCUCGGCGGAGAGCUCUUGCGGAUGCCAUCCGCGAUGCCUGCAUAAACGUUGGCUUCUUGUACAUCAAGAACCAUGGCAUUCCAGAGAGCCUCCUUGAAGACGCCCUGAAUGCAUCAAAGGACUUCUUCUCCCAACCAGUCGAGAAGAAGAUGGAGAUAGACAUUCGAAACACUCCUAACUUCAAAGGAUACACUGCCCUCCUGAGUAGCAACAAUGACCCCGAGAACGCUGGUGAUAUGCACGAAGGAUUCGAAUUCGGUUGGGAAGAACUAGAAGCUAAGGCCAGUGAUGAAAAGAGAGCAAAUGACGGUGCUAUGGCUGGAGCGAAUGUGUGGCCGAAAGACCUUCCCGGGUUCCGAGAGAACGUCUUAGGAUACUACUAUGCCGCUGUUAAUCUCGGAAAGAACCUCUUCCCUCUUUUCGCCCUCGCAUUAGAUUUACCAGAAGAUUUCUUCGACGAUAAGACCAAGAACUCAGCAGAUAUAAUGCGUGUUCUGCAUUACCCUCCUCAAACAGGACCCGUAGAUAACCGAGUAAUCGGUAUCGGUGCUCAUACUGAUUUCGAGUGCUUUACUAUCCUAUGGCAAGAACCUGGAAUCCAAGCUCUCCAAGUCCUCAAUACUCAGAAACAAUGGAUAGACGCACCUCCUAUUCCUGGCACCUUAGUCGUAAACAUAGGUGAUCAAUUAGCCAGAUGGACAAAUGACGUCUUUAAAUCCACUGUUCACCGCGCAGUAAACCGAACGGGCGUGCGCCGGUACUCGAUUCCUUUAUUCUUUGGUACAGACUAUGACGUCAGGCUUGAGCCAAUUCUCAGUUGUGUGUCCCCUGAACGACCGCCCAAGUACGAAGUCGUCACCGCAGGAGACUACGUGAAGGAGAGGCUCAAAGCUACUUAUGGACACUGAUUUCUGGAGAAGUCUGCUCGCAUAGAGACUACCAAAUGUACACACAUAACGAAGAGGAAGACUAUUGAUACACACAUAGCGAGAUAGCAAACGUC